CACCUGGUAUGUUGCCCACCGGUUGGCAACAUACCAAGGCUGAUAACUUAAACACGAAGCUAUUGAACUCAUUUCCAUUUUUUUUUUCGCAGUCCCGUGUGCUUUUGUCGCCUUCGCUGUAUAUAUGAAUAGGUUCGCUCUGACGUAAACUGGAGACCGAAAGAACACCGACAAUGGAGGAAGAGAGUGUUCCAGAGAGAGUGAACAAUCCGGGCGUGCAUAUCAGACGAGAGAUCGACUCGGAAGGCCUUGGCGAUGGAACGAAUACCCUUGGCUAUGUUGGAGCUUCAGCAUCUGGUGAUUUUACUUUUGACACUGGAUUGGCUUCCCGUCAUACAUAUCUCGGUGACGUUGAGGAGACCCAUCCUCGGUUUGCCUUUUUUGAAGGUGGUGCUGUAUUAAACCUGCCAUUGUUCUAUCUUGAAGGAGUUGUUCUGUUUCCAGAGGCCACCCUUCCCCUACGAGUUCUACAAUCUAAUUUUAUAGCUGCUGUUGAAAAAGCGAUGAGUCAAGCUGAUGUUCCUUAUACCAUUGGCAUUGCUCGGUCUUAUGGGGGUGUCAACAACUGGGGGAUACCUUUUGCAACCGUGGGGACAACUGCAGAGAUACGGCAAUAUAGACGUUUGGAAGAUGGUUCACUGAAUGUUGUUGCCCGUGGCAAACAGCGUUUUCGUAUAAAAAGACAGUGGAUUGACAUGGAAGGAACACCAUGUGGUGAGGUUCAAAUCAUCCAAGAAGAUUUGCCAUCGAGGACUCCACGAGAUACUGUAGGACGACUGGCACCAUUGAGGAAUUUUGCUGCACCACCUCCAAACACUUCCCAGUCUGAAUACCUUGGAUGUAGAGAUGAAGAUGAAUCAGAUGCAAUUUCAGAGGAAAGUUUUGAGAAUGCAUUUUUACUGACCAAAAGGAGUUUGCAUCAUUCUGAUCUUACUUCUCAUGAUGGUGCUGGUAAAAUCGACGUGGCAGAGGAUUGCAUAGGUCCACUGCAUUCAGAAGGUGACAAAAGGAAUGAAAGUGGUGGCUUGGAAAUGAGGAAGAAAGAGUUAACUUCAGUAACUGUACCUGGUAAAGGUGUUGGACAAAAAAAGAGUUCUGUAAGCAGGUUUCGUGAAGUCCCAAGAACAUUCUGGCCCUAUUGGGUUUAUUCUAUGUAUGAUUCGUAUUAUCUUGCUCAGAAGGCUGCAGAUAAAUGGAAACAAAUUGUUGGGUUGCCAAGCAUGGAUGGACUUGUUUGGAAACCAGAUCUUCUUUCAUUUUAUAUAGCCAGUAAAAUUCCUGUAUCUGAAUCCAUGAGACAGGAGCUUUUGGAAAUUGAUGGAAUUUCUUACAGACUGAGGCGAGAAAUUGAGUUACUGGAGAGUUUUGAUUGUGUUCGAUGUAAAGAUUGCAAGAAUGUGAUUGGAAAGCGGAGUGAUAUGUUGAUGAUGUCUUGUGAAGGGCCAUUGGGUGCUUAUGUGAAUCCACAUGGCUGUGUGCAUGAAAUAAUGACUCUCCGUGAAGCCAAUGGUUUAUUUCCUGUUGGAGGCCCAGUUGAAGAAUACAGCUGGUUUCCUGGGUAUGCAUGGACAAUUGCAGAAUGUGUCACUUGUUAUGUCUACAUAGGGUGGCUGUUUACAGCCACAAAUAAGAAAUUGAAGCCCAGCUCAUUUUGGGGCAUUCGGAGUUCUCAAGUUGCCGAUGACAUGAACUGAGGCUUCUGUUGCAUACCAAAUUCCUUCUGUCACCUUCUUUAACCUGCAUACACAUCUUCUUCUUAUCAUGUAUGGAGCUACGAGCCAGCGUUGUAGAUAUGACUCUCCACCUCUACUCCUGCAUGGGUUCCCUUCAGAAGCUAAUCAUCGGUUGUUUUCCUGAUAUGACUGCUCCAGCUUUUUCUUUUUGGUAAUUUUAUGGAUCUAAUGGAUGUACAUAUUGUAUAGGUUAAGUUAUGCUUUGACCUUCUUGGCUUUUGCAUGAAAAAUAUGUUAAACUCUCUUGUAGUUCAAACUUGAUGCUCAACUUUUGUGGUUUAGAUUAAAGUGAAAUGCUUUAACUAUAAUGACACUUUUAGCAAGAAAAAACUAUAAUGACAUAUGUACUUCAUAUGCAACUCUGUUCUAACAAUAGUGAGUUGCUAGAGAAUUAUAUGGUUCUUUUGAGAACCAUUGAGAUUUUAUUUUUAUUUAUAUGUUUUAGUUAAUCCGUUGUGAAUGUUCGUUUUCCAUUUUAGCUUC